GAAGUGGUCCCCGGCGUUGGGGCGGGAGGGACCAGCGCUGAUGAGUCGAGGCUGCUGUGCGCUGCUGUUGCCAGGCCAUGGCGGGGACGGCGCUCAAGAGGCUGAUGGCCGAGUACAAACAAUUAACACUGAACCCUCCAGAAGGAAUUGUGGCAGGCCCCAUGAAUGAAGAGAAUUUUUUUGAAUGGGAGGCAUUGAUCAUACCCUGGCACUCAGCCCCCCAGGCUGUGCCCCAGCAGUGCCAGCAGCUUGGGGUCCAGGUCCUCUCUAUCUGUGGUGCCUGCUGUCAUGGUGUUGCCUCAGGCACCGUGCCUGCACUCAACUGGCCGCCUCUGACCCUUGCAGUCUACCCCGACGGGAGGGUAUGCAUCUCCAUCCUGCACGCCCCUGGUGACGACCCCAUGGGCUACGAGAGCAGCGCAGAGCGGUGGAGCCCUGUGCAGAGCGUGGAGAAGAUUCUGCUGUCGGUGGUGAGCAUGCUGGCAGAGCCCAAUGAUGAAAGUGGAGCUAACGUGGAUGCUUCCAAGAUGUGGCGGGACGACCGGGAGCAGUUCUACAAGAUUGCCAAGCAGAUUGUACAGAAGUCUUUGGGACUUUAAGGCCUUGCCUCACACAUGCACACUGACGUGUGAACACACCACCCACAGUCCCAGUGUUCUGGGAAUGCUCAGUGACAGUGGUGCUCUGUGCUGGCACCAAACAGGCAAACUUGCAAGAACUACAGCAUCUUUUUUUUUUUUUUCGGUAAUUUUCUCACCCUGAAUGGGCUCUCUUCUGAAAUUAUGGUUUGUUAUAGCAUAUUGACAGCUUACUGCAGUUUUGAAGUGUUCCUCGAAAGGUGGUUCAGCUAGAUUGCUAAAGCUGUCAUCACUACCUCUCCCAGCUGAAACGCCGACACGCCCAGCUGUUCCCAGCUCCCUUCGAUGCCCUUCCUUCCUAGGGUUGAGGGGCUGGCUGUACACCCACACAUCCAGGGCAUGACAGAAUCCCAGCAGUGCUUUUCUAGAGACACGUGCCCUGCAGCCAAGGUGCACACAGGACAGGGCAGUGACGCUCCUGUGGUCCCUCCUCAUGCUCUCUGCACCCAUAGGACUUUUAUCAAUUCCUUUCUGAUCUUUACGUUUUACAAGCAGAUGUUUUUCUCAUAGUUAACAUCUUCUACAUUUUUGAGUAUUAUGAACCAUCACACUUAGAAAUACUUUCAGGAAAUACUUUUUUAAAAUGUGGAUUAAUUGGAAAUGGGGUACACAGAAAAAUUCACUGCUGCUCAUAAGGACCAUAAGACUGAUGUUUUUUUCCUGAUCAUAUUUAUCAAAGAUUCACAUCUUUAUAUCACUAUGGCAGGUACAGGUGAGAUCCUUAAAGUUUUAGUCAAAGUUUCUUAAUCUAUAGUUUUUCUUUUCUACUCUAAAAACUAGGAAGCUCUAGGAUUUUGUAACACUGUGGUUGCACUGGGAAUUUGAUGAUUGGCACAAAAAUCAUUCUUUGGGACUCAUGGUCAGAGGGGCUCUACCAUUUCUCAGCUCAGAGGAGUGCCUUACCCCCGACCGGUGCUCGUGGAGGUGGGCCCGUGGGGCUCCUGGGCCCAGGUGCAGGUGGCACAUUUCUGUGAUUUGAUUGGGUUCUGAUGUUCUCUACCAUGGUCAACUGAGCAGCACGGUGCCAGGAGGUCACAUUAUAAGCAAUAACAGAUCUGUUGCAUGCAGAAUCAGAUAUUUGGCCUGUUUCAAACAGGUUAAAUUUAAAUAGGAAUUUCUAUUUUUGAAAUAAGGGAUGGUUUAUGAGGCAUACACCAGAUUUUGCUUUACUGUCCCUUUUCCCUUCUCUUUCACAGUGGAUCCAGUGGACAGUUGUCUGUGUGACUGAAACCUCACACAUAAUGUCAUGGUGUUGACAGUUUCUGGUUGAAGCAGUUCCAUGUCCAGCUUCUGUAUGUGCCGGGUUCUUUCCUUCUCAGAAGGGAAUCAUUUAAAAUGUGAAAUGCCAAACAAGCAGGUGUACUUGGAUGGGGUGAGGAAGGAGAGGUCUUGUACCUAAGUCGUGUUUGCAGGUUUGGGAGUUGUGGUCCUCCACAGAGUGAAGGGAAGUGGUUGUGUGAGCAGGUGGGGCGUGGGCAUGGAGCCCCACCAGCAGGUAGGCCCCGGAGGGGAGGAAGAGGAGGCAGUCUCUUUACAAAACAAAGUAUUUUUAUUCAUUUGUAUUUAUUAAAUGAAAAUCCCAUGGUGUCCCUAUUCUGUGGUGGAAUUUAAUUACUAUGUUAAAAAUAAAAUUAUAUAUUUUCCCCCUA